ACGUCACGCUCUCUCUCGGUUCCGAAAGCUCCCAGAGUCCAGCGGCCGUAGCCUACUUCACUCCCCCCCGAUCCCAAUCUCACCCAUUAGAGAGAGAGAGAGAGAGAGAGAGAGGCAGCCCCAUCCUCGCCCUCGCGCUACCGGACCGGAGAACCCCACCCGCACCCGCGGCUCCGUCUCGAGUUGAUCGCCGCCCCGUGCGCCAUGGGUUCGCUCACCAAGGCGGAGGAGGAGACGGCGGCGGCCGAGGAGUGGUCCAACGAGGCGGUCGUCUACGUCAACGGCGUCCGCCGCGUGCUCCCUGACGGCCUCGCCCACCUCACCUUGCUCCAGUACCUCAGAGACAUUGGUCUUCGGGGAACAAAGCUUGGAUGUGGUGAAGGUGGCUGUGGAGCCUGCACUGUGAUGAUCUCACACUAUGAUCGAACUACAAAGAAAACGCUGCAUUUUGCAAUCAAUGCAUGUUUGGCUCCGCUUUAUUCUGUGGAAGGAAUGCACAUAAUCACAGUAGAGGGAGUUGGGGAUCGCCAGCGGGGUUUGCACCCAGUCCAGGAAUGUUUAGCCAAUGCACAUGGAUCACAAUGUGGGUUUUGCACCCCUGGUUUUGUGAUGUCGAUGUAUGCAUUGCUGAGAUCAAGCAAGCAGCCUCCUACUGAAGAGCAGAUUGAAGAUAGCCUUGCUGGAAAUUUGUGUCGCUGUACUGGCUACAGACCAAUAAUAGAUGCAUUCCGCGUUUUUUCAAAAAGAGAUGAUUUAUUGUACACCAACUCAUCUCCAAAAAGUGCAGAUGGUCGACCUAUCUGCCCUUCAACUGGAAAACCAUGUUCCUGUGGAGAUGAGAAAUACAUGAAUGCUAGUGAGUGUUCAUUAUUGUCACCUAUUAAGAGCUACUCACCUUGCUCAUACAAUGAGAUUGAUGGAAAUGCAUACAGUGAGAAAGAACUCAUUUUCCCCCCAGAACUUCAGUUGAGAAAAGUUAUGUCACUUAAAUUGAAUGGGUUUAAUGGGAUCAGAUGGUAUAGACCUCUUAAACUAAAGGAAGUAUUGCAGUUGAAAGCAUGCUACCCAAAUGCGAAACUGAUCAAUGGUAACUCUGAAGUAGGAGUUGAAACAAAGUUCAAGAAUGCCCAAUAUAAGGUCUUGAUCUCAGUUACUCAUGUUCCAGAGCUUCAAACCCUUCAAGUGAAAGAGGAUGGUAUACAUAUUGGUUCUUCUGUAAGGCUUGCACAGCUCCAAAAUUUCCUCAGAAAUGUUGUUUUAGAGCGUAAUUCACAUGAAAUAUCAUCCUGUGAGGCAGUACUGCGGCAGUUAAAAUGGUUUGCUGGUACACAAAUCAGAAAUGUUGCUUCUGUUGGAGGUAACAUUUGUACUGCUAGUCCAAUAUCAGAUCUAAAUCCACUUUGGAUAGCUUCUGGUGCAACAUUCGAGAUAAUUGAUGUGAACAAUAAUAUUAGGACCAUUCCUGCAAAAGAUUUCUUCCUUGGUUAUCGUAAAGUUGACCUAAAGCCUGAUGAAAUAUUGCUCUCUGUUAUACUACCAUGGACAAGGCCGUUUGAAUUUGUGAAAGAAUUCAAACAAUCACAUAGAAGGGAGGACGACAUUGCAUUGGUGAAUGCUGGAAUGCGUGUCUAUAUAAGAAAAGCUGAAGGAGACUGGAUAAUUUCUGAUGUUUCAAUUAUCUAUGGAGGAGUAGCUGCAAUUCCUCUCCGUGCUUCAAGAACCGAAAACUUUCUCACUGGAAAAAAAUGGGAGUAUGGAUUGUUGAAUGAGACCUAUGAUCUGUUGAAAGAAGACAUACAUCUGGCUGAGAAUGCACCUGGUGGAAUGGUUGAAUUUCGCAAUUCACUUACUUUAAGUUUCUUUUUCAAAUUUUUCCUUUAUGUUACUCAUGAAAUGAAUAUAAAAGGAUUUUGGAAGGAUGGGUUGCAUGCAGCCAAUCUUUCAGCCAUACAGUCUUACACUAGACCUGUCGGUGUUGGAACUCAAUGCUAUGAAUUGGUUAGACAAGGAACCGCGGUAGGCCAACCUGUGGUUCACACAUCAGCUAUGCUUCAGGUUACUGGUGAGGCUGAAUAUACUGAUGACACACCGACACCGUCCAAUACCUUGCAUGCUGCUCUGGUGCUGAGUACUAAAGCUCAUGCACGCAUAUUGUCUAUUGAUGAUUCACUUGCCAAAUCUUCCCCUGGGUUUGCGGGUCUCUUCCUGUCCAAAGAUGUGCCUGGUGCUAACCAUACUGGACCUGUUGUCCAUGAUGAGGAGGUUUUUGCAUCUGAUGUCGUUACUUGUGUUGGCCAGAUCGUUGGAAUUGUUGUGGCAGAUACCCAUGAAAAUGCAAAAGCGGCCGCAAAUAAAGUUAAUAUCGAAUAUUCUGAACUUCCAGCAAUUUUAUCAAUAGAGGAAGCUGUCAAAGCUGGUAGCUUUCAUCCAAAUACAAAGAGAUGCCUUGUAAAAGGUAAUGUUGAACAAUGUUUUAUGUCGGGUGCAUGUGAUAAAAUUAUAGAAGGAGAAGUACGAGUUGGAGGUCAAGAGCACUUUUAUAUGGAGCCUCAAUGCACUCUUGUCUGGCCAGUUGAUUCUGGAAAUGAAAUUCAUAUGAUCUCAUCUACCCAGGCUCCCCAGAAGCACCAAAAGUAUGUUGCUAAUGUUCUUGGUCUGCCACAAUCAAAAGUUGUUUGCAAGACUAAGCGUAUUGGUGGUGGAUUUGGCGGAAAAGAAACCAGAUCAGCCAUAUUUGCUGCUGCUGCAUCUGUAGCAGCUUAUUGUUUAAGAAGGCCUGUUAAGAUUGUUUUGGACAGGGAUAUUGACAUGAUGACAACUGGACAGAGGCACAGUUUCCUAGGAAAGUAUAAGGUGGGAUUUACCAAUGACGGGAAGAUAUUGGCCUUAGACCUUGAUAUUUAUAACAAUGGUGGUCAUUCACAUGAUUUGUCACUUCCAGUCAUGGAGCGUGCUAUGUUUCAUUCAGACAAUGUCUAUGAUAUAUCAAAUCUCAGAGUCAGUGGGCAAGUAUGUCUUACAAAUUUUCCAAGCAAUACUGCUUUCAGAGGCUUUGGUGGUCCACAAGCCAUGCUGAUUGCGGAGAAUUGGAUUCAGCACAUGGCUACAGAACUCAAGCGAAGUCCGGAAGAGAUAAAAGAACUUAAUUUUCAAAGUGAAGGAUCUAUGCUUCAUUAUGGCCAGGUGCUUCAGAAUUGUACAAUACGUUCUGUAUGGGAUGAACUAAAGGUUUCUUGUAAUUUUAUGGAAGCUCGCAAAGCUGUAACUGAUUUUAACAGCAACAAUCGUUGGAGAAAGCGUGGAAUUGCUAUGGUUCCCACCAAGUUUGGUAUAUCCUUCACUACAAAAUUCAUGAAUCAGGCUGGUGCUUUAGUGCAAGUUUACACUGAUGGUACUGUCCUUGUGACACAUGGUGGGGUUGAAAUGGGACAGGGUUUACACACAAAGGUAGCCCAAGUUGCGGCUUCAUCAUUCAACAUCCCUCUUAGCUCUGUAUUUAUCUCAGAAACAAGCACUGAUAAGGUACCAAAUGCAACACCAACAGCCGCCUCUGCUAGUUCAGAUAUAUAUGGUGCUGCAGUUUUGGAUGCUUGUCAGCAAAUUAUGGCUCGGAUGGAACCUGUUGCUUCAAGAGGAAACCACAAGUCCUUUGCUGAGUUAGCUCAAGCAUGCUACAUGGAACGGAUAGAUCUCUCUGCUCAUGGAUUUUAUAUCACCCCUGAUGUUGGGUUUGACUGGAUAUCUGGCAAGGGAACUCCAUUCUACUAUUUCACAUACGGAGCAGCAUUUGCAGAAGUUGAAAUUGACACCCUAACUGGGGAUUUCCACACAAGGACAGUAGAUAUUGUUAUGGAUCUGGGCUGUUCAAUUAAUCCGGCCAUUGAUAUUGGCCAGAUCGAAGGAGGUUUCAUCCAGGGAUUGGGUUGGGCGGCCCUGGAAGAACUAAAAUGGGGAGAUGAUAACCACAAGUGGAUCCGACCUGGACACCUUUUCACCUGUGGGCCUGGCUCUUACAAAAUACCCUCUGUGAAUGAUAUACCUCUAAACUUCAAGGUCUCACUCUUGAAGGGCGUUCCAAAUCCAAAGGUCAUUCACUCGUCCAAGGCUGUAGGAGAGCCACCGUUUUUCCUAGGUUCAGCCGUCUUGUUUGCCAUAAAGGAUGCAAUAUCUGCCGCAAGAGCUGAGGAGGGCCACUUCGACUGGUUCCCACUUGACAAUCCAGCAACACCGGAAAGAAUAAGAAUGGCAUGUGUGGACUCCAUUACGAAGAAAUUUGCUAGCGUAUAUUACCGCCCCAAGCUUAGUGUAUAGUUUGCCAAAUUACGAGGAUCGUGAAAGGUUCAUGUUUAAUCUGCCGGAGGUAUGUUUGUGCAGUCCAAAGCCACUGUUGUGAACAUAUAUAUAUAUAUAUAUAUAUAUAUAUAUAUAGGUGUCAGUUAUAGGAGGCAAGGUUACCCUUUUUUUUUCACCUAUAGAAAG